AGCCUUUCACGAUAUUCCUCGACAUCGCCCUAUCCUUGCCUCAGAGGCCUUUUUUCUCCCCUCCUUUGCCACACUCUCCACCUUGUGCCCACCGGGGCCCCUGCACCUGUGCCCCUCUGCUUUCUUGCUCUCGGCUGGCUGGCUCCUCCAACUCCGCGGGGCUUCCCAGGGGCGCACCCCCAACCGGCUCCGCCGUGCGCCUGCGCUCUGGUCCCGCUGGGGCCCGGCAGGCAGCUGGAGACCUUCGGCGCGGCGUGUGUGCUGUGCGCGAGCUUCGGGCUGCCGGGCCGACGCCUGCGCGGGACUGGGACAGGUGGCUGCGCUCGCCCGCACGGCCGCCCUCCGGCCCGCGAUGGGCUGCUCCAGCAGCGCCCUCCACAAGGCCAGCCACGGCAGCAGGCUCCGCAGCGAAGAAAGUGAGUCCUGCUUUGCCCAACCCAAACCAUGCACACUGGGAAAAGAACCUACUUUUCAUGGCAAGAUACAAAAGGAAAGCCUUCCUCCAUUAGAGAGACUCAAGAGUUCAGAGGUGUCAACAGCUAAUGGUGUUAAAUCCCUCCAUGAACAGCCCCUGAAAAAGGAUGCUGCAGAGUCACCAGGAUCCACAGAGAAGACACAGCCUCUAGAGGGGUCCAAGGAGUCUGGGCUGCCUCAGCCAGGUGGCAAAGAUGAUGCUCCAGGAGCAGGAGAAAAGCAGAAAGAUGUGGAAGCAGUGACAGAGACUCCGCCUUUAAAAGGCAAUGCUGAGACUGAACCUUUAGGAAUAAAUGCCAGGUGUCAGCCUUUGAGGACAGCAGGACAGAGGGACCCUCCCAGAGCAGUGGAAGGCCCUGAGACUGCACAAACUGUCAGGGAAAUGAAACCUCUGGGAACAGCUGAGGAAAUUGCCCCUCUGGAAGCAGCUGGAGAGUUACAACCUCAAGAAGCAGUGGGAAGGAGUGAGCAGCCUCAACUGCCAGAAACAGUUCCCAAAGAAGAUGAGUCUCCAGAAAUUUUGGAAGGAAGUCACUUUGUGGAAACAGCUGAAGAGCAGCCACUUCAAGAAACACUGGGGGAAAAUGAGCAGUCUCAACUUCUGGAAACAAUUCCCAAAGAGAAUGAAAUACCCGAAGUAUGGGGCAGAUGUCAGCUUAUGGAAAUAGCUGCAAAGAAUGAUUCAAUCUAUAAAAUCCCUGAAGGCCCAGGAAACGUGGAGCAGAUUCAACCUGAAGGAGUCAUUGGAACCAUGCAGCAUCCAGCAGAAAUUCUAGAAACAGGGGCAAACGUGGGAAUGGUCAGGAGUAUUCAUACCAAUGAAGAGGAUCAACACAUUGAAGAAAUGUCUAAUGCAAAAGAAAGAAAACAUGCUAAGAAAAUGAGAAACCAACCCACCAAUGUGACUUUAUCCUCUGGCUUUGUGGCUGAUAGAGGCAUAAAGCACCAUAAUGAAGGGAGAAAACCUUUCCAAGCUCAAAAGCAAGAGCGUCUUUCUGGAACUUCACGACAGUGGCAAAGCAAAUUGACCCACCAUUCACCACCUGAACCCAAUGUGAAUGAGCAGUCUUCCUCCAAAGUAAUGUUUAAAAAAAGGGGGGGAUGGAAAGCAGGUGCCGAGGGCACUUCUCAGGAGAUUCCCAAAUAUUUAACUGCUUCCACUUUUGCUCAAGCCCGAGCUGCUGAAAUCAGAGCUAUGUUGAAAGCGGUGACCCAGAAGUCUUCUAACUCACUGGUUUUCCAGACUCUGCCACGGCACAUGAGGCGAAGAGCCAUGAGCCACAAUGUCAAACGCCUUCCUAGGCGGUUACAGGAGAUGGCCCAGAAAGAGGCAGAGAAAGCAGUACAUCAGAAAAAAGAACAUUCAAAAAAUAAAUGCCACAAAGCUCGAAGAUGUCACAUAAACCGGAUGCUAGAAUUUAACCGUAGACAAAAGAAGAACAUCUGGUUAGAAACUCACAUCUGGCAUGCCAAACGAUUUCACAUGGUCAAGAAGUGGGGCUACUGCCUUGGGGAGAGGCCAACAGUCAAGAGCCACAGAGCCUGCUACCGAGCCAUGACAAACCAUUGCCUCCUCCAGGAUUUAUCCUACUACUGUUGUUUGGAGUUGAAAGGCAAAGAGGAAGAAAUACUAAAGGCACUUUCUCCAAUGUGUAGCAUAGACACAGGACUGACUUUCGCAGCAGUGCACUGCUUGUCUGGAAAGCGCCAAGGCAGUCUCGUUCUUUACCGGGCAAAUAAGUAUCCCAGAGAAAUGCUGGGGCCUGUUACAUUUAUUUGGAAGGCUGAGAGGACCCCUGGCGACACUUCCGAGAGCAGGCAGCUGUGGAUCUGGCUUCAUCCAACUCUUAAAUGGGAUAUUUUAGAGGAAAUAAAAGCAGUGUGCCAGUGUAUGGAACCCAUCAAAUCAACUGUCUGCAUCCCUGACCCCCUUCUGAUACCAUCCCAAGAAAAAAGCCAAACUGAACUGCCUGAUGAGAAAAUGGGCAAGAAAAGAAAAUGGGAAGCUGAUGGAGAAAAUGCUAAACCAAUCAAAAAAGUUAUAGGUGAUGGAACUAGAGAUUCACAUCAACCAUAUAAUUGGAUCUCUGUAACCACAGGCAUAAUAAUCAGUGAUUUGACAAUGGAGAUGAACAGGUUCCGGCUGAUCGGUCCACUCUCCCACUCCAUCCUCACUGAGGCACUCCAAGCUGCUCGUGUCCAUACCGAGGGAGAGGACACAGAUAAGACACCUCACCAUUGGUGGAUUGAAACCUGUAAAAAUCCUGGGAGUGUUUCUCUUCAUCACAGACAAGAAGCCAUUUUUGAACUGUUGGGAGGAAUAACAUCUCCAGCAGAAAUUCCAGCAGGUACUAUUCUGGGACUGACAGUUGGGGAUCCUCGAAUAAAUUUGCCUCAAAAGAGGUCCAGAGUUUUGCCCAAUCCAGAAAAAUGGCAAGAUAAUGAGAAAGUUAGACAGCUGCUUCUGGAGGGCGUGCCUGCGGAGUGUACACAUAGCUUUAUUUGGAACCGAGCUAUCUGUAAGAGUGUCACAGAGAAUAAAAUCUCAGAUCAGGAUUUAAACUGGAAGAGAAGUGAAUUGCUGGUGCCUGGGUCACAACUUGUUUUAGGUCCCCAUGAGUCCAAGAUACCUAUACUUUUGAUUCAACAGCCAGGAAAAGUGACUGGUGAUGACCGACGAGGCUGGGGAAGUGGCUGGGAUGUCCUGCUUCCAAAGGGCUGGGGCAUGGCUUUCUGGAUUCCAUUUAUUUAUCGAGGUGCAAGAGUUGGAGGAUUGAAAGAGGCUAUAUUGCAUUCUCAGUAUAAAAGGUCACCUUAUAUCCCAGGUGAUUUCCCAGACUGCCAAGCUGGGAUAUUGUUUGCUGAAGAGCAAGCUAAGGAUCUUCUUGAAAAGUACAAAAGACGCCCUCCUGCAAAACGGCCCAACUAUGUUAAGCUUGGCACUCUGGCCCCUUUCUGCUCUCCCUGGGAGCAGUUAACUCGAGACUGGGAAUCAAGAGUUCAGGCCCAAGAGGAAUCAUCUGUAGCUUCCUCUCCGAGUGGUGAAGAGAAUGACUUGAAGCGAGUUGAGGUGCCUUGUGCGCCCACGCCUGAAAACACUCAUCAGUGGUCUGAUGAAGUGGGUACGUCCCUAAGUGACUCCAGUGAGCCCGAAGGAGUAACGAUGGACACAGGGUGUCCAGCCCAGGCUGCGGAGUGGAUAACGGGCCAGGAUACUGCUGGGAGGCUCCUCUGCGUUCUUAGGAGUAGAAAAUCACUGAAACAACUGUCAGCCUGGUGUGGGCCCAGUGUUGGGGACAGCUGGGCAGCCCGGCGAGCUCCGGCUAGAAGGCAGCAAGAACUGACCAGAGAGGCCUGUCUGUCCAUUUUGAACUGCUUUCCCAGGGCCCUCGUAUGGGUCAGCUUGUCCCUGCUCAGGAAGGGCAGCCCUGAGCCACACACCAUGAUCUGUGUCCCAGCCAAGGAGGACUUCCUCCGGCUCAGUCAGGAUCGGCUCUAUUGUGGACCUCAGGAAGCCAAGCACAGCGACCCAUUCAGGAGCAAGAUCCAGAAAGAGAAAGAAAAGAAGAAAAUAGAGAAGAGGCAGAUGCGAGGACAUGCUGCAUCUGAGAGCCUGGCAGGGGGGCAUUCUGCAGCCAGGUACUGUGCUCUGACCCUCGGCUUAUGGGCAGGCCCUCUCCCCGUUCUGACUUCUCACUGCUCCAGAGCUCUCCUUGGCUUUGUCACACAGGGAGAUUUUUCCAUGGCUGUUGGCUGUGGAGAAGCCCUGGGGUUUGUUAGUUUGACAGGUUUGCUGGAUAUGCUGUCCAGCCAGCCAGCCACAGAGAGAGGCCUGGUAUUGCUGCGGCCUCCUGCCUCUCUGCAAUAUCGGUUUGCAAGGAUUACUGUGGAGGUGUAAAAGCCACUUUACACUCUUGCAGAGUAGAGGUAAUAACUGUUUGCCAAUCUCCACCAUUGGGGGUUUUGUUUUUUUGCUGCCUUCUGUUUUGAAAUAUCAUGUGAAAUUCCUUGGAAACAGGAAUAAAAAAGCAUUAUGUAUUAUGCAAAUGAUGAAAUUUUUAUAUCAUUCCAGUAAUAUUCUGUCUUUCCCUGUCCUUGCUGUAAUGCUUUAAAAUUAUUUGGCAUAUAUUGCCAAAAGCUUUUAUAUUUUGAUCUCUUUCCUUGGUCUUUAUAAGUCUUUCUGAAAAUAACUCAAAGCCCUACAUUUGCUCAUCCCCUUUUUUAUUAGAAACAAAGGGCUGUCAAGUGUAUUUGAAAAACCUUAUAGUCAUGUGACAAGCAACAAUGGUUGUUUAAUGAUUUGUUACACAAGAGGAAGACUACAAACAUCUGGCCUCUGUACAUGAAAUAUGGGCUCCUGUCUGGUCCACGUUCAAUUCUGUACUGUAAUCAGCAUUCCUAACACUUUACAGCAUAAAGAAGAAAAUCAUGGAAAAUUUAUUGCUGCCUGUUUCGAGGCAGGCUUAGUUUAUGGCAAGAAUGUUGGGAUAGAAUUAGGAAGGGGGUCUGAUUUGUACUGACCCCUUAUCCUCUUUGCUGUUGACCAAUACGUGAUCCUAGGAGUUAAUUUUUCUGUGCUUUUUGUUUCUGUAAAGAAUUUCUCAAAGCCGUAGAGGAGCAUUUCUCAAAAGAUGUUUCAUGAAACGUGUUAUCAAAAAAAAAAAAAAAAAAAAAGAUUCUGAGGUCAGAUUGAUUUGGGAUACUCUGGGUUAAACAUUGAAGCAUUUCUUUUUAAAGGACUUCUAGAACCUUCCACGUGGUAAUGUACAUUGUUAAUCCCCAGGAUGUGGGUAAUAGCCUACAGUAUUUCCUAAAUCUUUUUGAUUCCAAAGCUCUUUUUCAAGGAGCACUCUGUAGGGCCAGUGUUUUAAGAACAUGCUUUGGGGGAUGUGGCUGCACAGUGCAUUGCUUACCUCUGCAAGGUGAUGAUGAGAAUGAUCAGCUGCUUUUAAGACAUGAAGGCUGGCUUGUCCAGGGUGUGAAAGAGGUCUCAUCCUCUCCCUUAGAAAGGGUGGCAUCAUCAUUGCCUUUUUUCACUCACAGAGGAAGAGGUGCUCAUUACCUUUGAGUUGCUAUGUAUAUCUCACUCAGUCCCUUAUUUUCCCACCAUAAACUUGUAGCAGAGCUUGAGUGGGAUUUUCAGAAAAAAUGUAAAUGUACAGUUAGGUGUUAUUCCUUGUAGAUGCAUUGACUUUUCUCUCCUUGGGUGGUAAAUGUCUUUGGGGACGAUGCUUUGAGGUGGGAUAGAGCACAUGUUACAAUACAGCAGCCAAUGAAACCCCUGAUGUUUCUCCUCUCACCACGCCUUGGAACGCAUUUGUGUCCAACCCAAAUGAGACUGCAACAAAUAGUGUAACUUAAUGGUGUCUGUACUCAGAAUAAAUUAAAAUGUCA